AUGCCCUAUGCUGACUGCAUGAAGAAUGAUUUACAGGAUGGAGGGUUUUUUGCCGAAAAGGAGGGCGGUGAAAGAGAAGCAACGGAGGAUGAAUCUAUACUUCUCCCCAUCUCUCUAGACAAUAGAUGCAAGUACUGUUUACAAAUACCGCUUGACAGUGAGAUGAAGAAGACAUUUGGGAUUUCUGUUUGUAGGACGUGCCGUUGUAAUGCUCUUAAGUUUGUCACUAAGACUUCUUGCAUAUCGGACUAUCUUCUUACAAACGAUGAGCUUAAGGAGUUGCGAUUUCUUGAAAGACCCAAUCCUCGUAAGGGAACAUGGUCGAACAUGUACCUGUACCUGCAGUCUGAAGUUGAAGAGAUUGCAAUUCGCAAGUGGGGAUCACUUGAUAAGGUUGAAGAGACCAAGAGAGGGAGAAAAAGGAGAGCAGACGAUCGGAAGAUAAGGAGAUUAAAAAAAAGAAUAAAAGAGCUUAGAAGAAGAACCAGAAUAGAUGUCAGAAAUGAUGAGAAGCAUAUCCAUACAUUUAAGGUGGAAGGAGACAUAUGCAGAUGUGAAUGCGGAAUGUCUGUCGAGCAGGAGGAGAUAUGA